AUGGUUGCAUCUGUAAGAGGAAUGUCAAUUCGUUUAUCCCUCGAAGCCGAGUCCAAGGAGUUCUCGGAGAUGAUCUCAACCUGGACCAAAACCUGCCAGGAUGGUCACUCAGCUUGCAAGUCUAGCACUUCCACACGCACACUCCCCACGCGCGUCAUCGACGUUGGAUCGCCCGAUGGCAGGACGGCACCUCAUCCUUGCGAUACAAACGGAGAGCCUGGCGAUUACAUUGCUCUCAGUCACUGCUGGGGUGGCAAACAGCCUCUUAGAACCACCAAGGAGAACAUGUGUUCCAUGAAGACCUGCAUCCCGUGGGCCAAGCUGCCCAACACCUUCCAGGACGCCAUUGCAGUGACCCGCAGGCUUGGCAUUAGGUGUCUCUGGAUCGACUCGCUUUUCAUUGUCCAGGACGAUGCUCAGGAUUGGGAGCGCGAAGCGGCAAGGAUGGCGCUUAUCUUCGAAGCGGCCUAUCUUACAAUCGCCGCCACGGCAGCAACUGACGGUAGCCAAGGAUUGUUCCCUCGCGAGAGGGGCCAUGAGUUCGUCAUGGGCAGUUCCGAGGUCGAGCCACAUGUAUUCAUGCGCGAGAAACGAUCUGACGGCUGCUUCCUACCACGAAGGCUGAACACAGGACCCGUCUCCAUAGAUGUGGAAGUGGACUAUAAAGUUGAUGGGCUAUAUCCUCUCCAGGAGAGAGCCUGGUGCUUCCAGGAGCUGGUAUUAUCGCCUCGGGUCCUGCAUUUCACCCAUUCGGAAGUAGUCUGGCACUGCCGGACGAAGUGGGACUGCGAGUGCGGCGCCGUCGGACUCGGUGGGUCAUACAUCCGGAAGUUCGACACCUUCAUACAAAAUCCAGCCGGAUAUGAAGAAGAAGACGAGUUUGCAAAAUCGGUCCAAUGGCCAGAUAUCAAAGCGGCUGAUCCUUCGGGUUCGUGGCGUGGUAUCGUCAGUGUGUUUACUUCCAAUCAAAUCACAUAUCGUGAGGAUAUCCUCCCGGCGCUCUCAGGCACGGCGAAAAAGUUCGGAUUGUUGAGAACGGGGCGGUACGUCGCUGGACUCUGGGAAGACAGCUUUGCCAAUGACCUCUAA